CCCUUCUUUUCCUCACCCCGCCGCCAAACCAGCUCCACCUUGGGAUCGUCCCCGCAAUCACCUGCACACUCACUUCUCUCCUCGUUUUCAGUCACCACCCAGUUCACCCCAGACUCCAGAUCCAUUCAUCUGAACCGUUGGAUCGUAAUCCAACGUCCAAGAGGUGCCCCAUGCAGCUCCCGCAGCCAUAGCCUCCUCGAUCCGAUCUGGAUCGGGAGAGGAGCACCUGUCCUGCUCCUCGUCGCCUCGUUGCCCCUCUCCAUGGCCUCCUCUGCCGCCCUUGUUGCGAGUCGCCCGGAUUCGUCAGACCCCGCGUCGUCCCCGUCGUCAUGUCGCCGGCAUAAUCCGGUGAUCCAGUCCAGCGCCGCCGCUUGGAGCUCCUACGCCCUGCCGUACUCCGCCAUGAUUGGCCUCGUCACCACGCUGCUCCCGCGACAACCAGCCCCACCAGCGGCGCGCUGCCUUGUCGCCGCCGGCAAGCCCCUCGGGAAGCUGCUCCUCGCUGGCCUUCCCUGCACGUCCGCCGCCGCAAGUUCCGUCACCGCUCCGCGCCUUGUCGCCCCUUCGCCCGUCGUCGGAGCUCUAUUCCAGCGCCGCGCAGCUCCUCUGUUCUGUUCGAGCAGGCAACGAGCAGAUCCAUUCGCGUUGACCAAGCGAAGCAAGCGCCAGGCCCAGUCUGCUUCUUUUUGCCACGGCCCAGCGCACCCCUCCUCACCCAGCCGGCCUUCUUCCACUGAACUGGGCCUUAGCCCAAUCUUGCAGGUGCCGAUGAUACCGUGCAGGUGACACAACCGAGCUCAAGGAG